GCGAAUAUGGCGUACUAUGCAACCGAACAGUUUUCGAUUCCGGUACGACAAAUUUGUAGAAAUACGAGUUGAAUGGUGUUGUGAUGUGUAAAUCCUGACAUUAAUCAAUAGAAGAUUUUAUUUUCUACAUGACUGGUGAUUGAAGUUGGUUGCUUUAUGGCAUAAAUUUUGAAUAAAAGAUGGCCCAAGUUGAUGAAGCCGAGAAGGAAGCAAGCGAAGUAUUACAUUCGUUACUUUCUGUGGAAAGAAUCGAAAAAUCAGAGGUGAUUCUCGAGAACAAUGAGAAUCAAUCGCCAUCGUCCCAAUCAUUUCAAUCAAAUACUCCCUCAGGAAGCGAUGUCGUCGAAGGGGAAGCCCAAAUGCAGUGGUCCGCGCCUGUGGCGCUCACUGCGCAUUCAAUAUUUUCCACCAUAGACGGCAACAACCAUUUCCAACAGAACCAAAUCGACGAUCAGCAGGUAGUGAUUUGGGAAGGUCACACGAUACAAGUAGACAGCAGUAAUCCGCAUAUAAACGCAAUUUAUACUAGUCCGAUUGAAGAGACGCCACAGUCACCAAAAAGGAACACCACGACGACUACGGCGACGAAGUCCAAGACGCCCCCGAAACAAAACAAGAAGAAACAACCGCCGAAAAAGAAGAAGAAAACGCCGAACGCCGACGCGAAUUCCAAUGGCAACGACGCGACGAAGUUGGAAGAGAGUUCGGCGCAGGUUAAAGAGAGAUUUAAAAGAGGUUGCGAGUGCCAAGAUGAAAGUUGCUUUCGUGGGUUAAACCCUGAGAGUGUGUACAAACAUAGACUUAACAUAGCCGAGUUGACGAAAGGUGAACACGAUAUGUAUUUGAUGGGAGUCACUAUGGCGUGUCUUGCCAACCCUGAUACUACCGUACGACAUAAAGAACGAAGAAGGUUGAGAGCGCAGUACGUGUAUCAAGGACGAAGGGUGUGUCUAGACGCCUUCCUGUAUUUAGAAAACUGUACCCACUAUCAGUUAAAACGAAUAAGGAAACACGUGAUGACGCACGGCGUAGCACCUCGGGUACACGGGAAUCAUGGGAAAAAACCCCACAAUACAUUCCCCCUAGACAUAUACUACCACGCUACGGAAUUCUUGAAGCAGUAUUUGGAACAGUAUACAGGGGAACGGGAUAUUGUAAAUACGAAACAACCAAUCCAGUUACCUUGGGACGUGACGAGAAAAAACUUACACGACGCGUAUAAAGAAUACGGACAAAUACUCGAACCGGGGAUAAAACUAAUGGGAUACUCCACAUUCAGACACUUCAUGAAGGAACAGUUCCCUCAUGUGAAGUUUUGCAAAGUGGAACCCAAAUCGGCCUCGGCACCGCAGCAGCAGAAUCAAAAUCAACAGCAACAACAACAACAACAUCCUCAGCCACAACAACAGCAGCAGCAACAACAACAACAGCAGCAACAAGAGUCUGCGCAAAUCCAUCAACACACGAUACAAAAAAGUGCACAAAUUAUAGAGAGACCCAGAGAACAACAAAUUCAGAAGUGUGUUAUAAACAACGAGGUACAACAAGUCAUACCUUUGGUGGUCGCUCAACCUAAUGAUGGUACAGGUACCCAGCACCAUCAACAAACCUUCCUUGUAACUCCCGUGUCACAAAUAAUUCCCAACGGGUCACAAAACCCCAGUGGUCACGCCCCUGCCAAUGCAUACUCAUACCAAUUAACUAACGCAGGGUACGUCAUCAAUGAACAAGGCAACAUUGUCACAACGAUGGCGAAUCAACACCAUGCUCCAUACACUUUCAGUCGAAUGUAAAAUGGCGGGUGUUAAUUUUGUAUAUAUGUUUUUCAUUUGCAUUUAUUUAUUCUCUUUUGUUUGAUAUGAAACCGACUGAUUUGUUUUGGCCAAAUUCAAUUUGUGGCAGGUAGUUUCAUAAAUACGUCCUUAUUUAUUUCUGAGCGCAGCAACUGUAACCUGGAGGUAAUGAAAUAGUGGGUUUUGACUUCAAGGAAGAACUCGGUGAUAUGUAUUAAGUUGUAGUAUUAACAGUAUGGUUGCGACACAGUCAAAUGUGGGAACAGAGCAUGCGCAAACAUACACGUGACAGUUCUUUGGUUAAGUUGACAAUAGUCGACAAAUUACGUGAUACGAUCAUCUUCCUAGGUGCAGUAUAGAAGAUUAUAAAUAAAUUAUUUUUUUGGAAAAGUUGCUGUUUUCUCGUUGUAAAUAUUGAUUACACAUACGGAAACGUGAUUGGGUUAACACCCAAUAUUGAAAGCCAUAUAUGUAAACAAAUUUACUGUGUGGCUGUUGAUGUUCUCAAAUGUAUUAAUCAAACUACAACUUUUGAGUGUGUAGUCAGUAGUUACAUUUUUGUAAAUAAAUAGAAAUAGAAGUUUUUAUAUUACUAUGUUAGCCGAUUCGUCAGCUGCUAUGUGUUUGUAGUAAUUUAUUUUCUUUACGUUGUAACGUUCUUUUUUUGCAAGAUGAACGAAUGUCAUUCGCAAUCGAAAAAUAUUCGUUGACUUACCGAUGUUUUAAGACAAUAUGUAUUACCUACCUUCAAACUCCGAUUUUUGUAUUA